UUCGUUUCUCUUCGAAAGAGCGCUGAGGCGCACAAUCAGCAUAAUAAUUUCAUUGCAGAGGUUCAUGUUGAGUGAGAUGUUUGGUCUCUAGGUGUGUCAUAAUUUAAGAAAUUUCUGCACACCCGGGUUACAAUCACGGACUUUUCUUUACGCGGUGUCUAAUCCAGUAUAGGGUAGACGAAUUUAUACAUUAAGUGUCGUUCGAUUUUCACUGUUCUCAGCGUAAAAUUUGUGGAGAAAAAACUUAAAUAUAGCAAAGGAUGAAUUCGAUACGACAUAUGCCAUCAAGGAUGAAGAGUAGAAUGACGGAAACCAGCUUAGGAGAAGAAAGGGACCGUUUCGACAAACAGCAGCUUAGCAGCAUCAGUAAAGCCAUUAACUCCACUGAGACACCAGUGAAGGAGAAACACGUCCGCAGGAUUAUCCUGGGGACUCACCGGGAAAAGGGUGCACACACUUUCUGGUCUUAUGCUAUUGGGCUACCUUUGUCCAGUAAUGCCAUUCUUAGCUGGAAGUUUUGCCACGUUUUACAUAAAGUUCUACGUGAUGGCCACCCAAAUACUCUACAAGACUGUAUGCGACAUUACAGUGAUAUUACAGAGACUGGAACACUAUGGGGAACUAUCAGAGAUAAAUAUGGAUAUGGACAGCUUGUUUCUCUAUAUACCAAGCUCAUCUGCUGUAAAUUAACAUUCCAUACUGCACAUCCUGAAAUCCGAGCCAACCUGGAAGCCACAGAUGAAGUUCUAGAGCGCACAGCAGGAACAGACAUCAACAAUGUUUUUCAGCUCACAGUUGAAGUGUUUGAUUACAUGGACACAGAGCUACGUCUUGCUGAGUCAGUCCUACGACAGCUCAAUUCCUCCAUUGCCAUCUCAACCUACACAGCAGGACAGUGUAAACUAGCACCACUGAUUCAGGUCAUCCAGGACUGUAGUCACCUCUAUCACUACACAGUCAAGCUACUAUUCAAGUUGCAUGCCUGUCUACCAGCUGAUACACUCCAGGGCCAUCGUGAACGGUUCCAUGAUCAGUUCCACAGUCUGAAGACAUUUUUUAAUAAAGCAAGAGACAUGGUAUACUUCAAAAGGCUUAUCCAGAUUCCAAAACUACCUGAUUCCCCUCCAAACUUCCUUCGGGCAUCUGCACUAGCAGAGCAUGUGAAGCCCAUGGUUAUUAUCCCAGAUCAGGAGGAGCCUGAGGAGGAUGAUGAGCCUGAACCGCUAAUAGAUGUCAGUGAGGCUUCAGUCAGCAUGGCUUCCCAGCCUCAGCAGGUUGACAUAUUUGAUCAGACAUUUGGGCCCCCAAAUAAUGGCUUUGAUGACAGGGACCUACAGAUUGACAGCUUGAAGCAUGAAAUAGAGCUACUUCGAGCUGAAAUUGAGAAGAUCAAAGCUGAGGCUCAGCGAUAUAUAACUCAACUGAAAUCACAGAUCAACAGUUUAGAGGCAGAGCUGGAGGAGCAGAGGGUGCAAAAACAGCGUGCUCUUGUAGAGAAUGAGCAACUUCGUAUGGAACUGGAGACUUUAAAAAGAUUCAAUGCAGAAUAUGAGACAAUGCAGUCUACAUUUUUGGAAGCUGACAAGAGGUCCCAAGCUACAGAGCUACGCUAUAAUAAGCUAAAGGAAAAACAUGCAGAGUUGGUAGCCAACCAUGCAGAGUUGCUCAGGAAGAGUGCAGACACAGUUAAAAUGCUCUCAGCGACUCAGCAGACCCAGGAGGAGGUUGCCAGAACUAAACAACAAUUGUCCUUUGAAGUGGAGAGGAUCAAACAGGAAUCUGACAUGAAGCUGGAUGAGCAAAAGUUUGAAAUGGACAAAUUGAGAAGAGAUUUGGAGGAGAAGAUUGGAGAGAUCCAACAAAUAAAAGGGACAUUACAGACUUGUGAAAAGGGUAGUGAGCAGCUGAACAACUCCAUAACCUCAAUGCAGACAGAAAAGGAGCGCCUGAUGCGCUGUUUGAGUGAGAAGCAGGCUGAGCUAUCCUCUUUGAAGCAGGCAGCCCAGCAGAAGGAGGCCUCACUCCAUCAAGAGAGGGAGAGGAGUAGCAAGGAGCUGGAACAACUCCAGGGAAAACUGAAAGAGAAGCUUGGCCGUGAGGAGCAGUUGCAGCAGAAGUUGUUGGAUGAGCAGUUUGCCCUCUUGCAGGGUACAGUAAAUGAGGCUGAAAUCAUCAUUCAGGAUGCUGUUGCAAAAGUAGAUGAUCCUUUACAUAUCCGCUGCACCAGCUCCCCAGAUUACCUUGUUAGCCGUGCAGAAGAUGCACUGGGCUCUGUGGCUAAAAUGCAAGCUGGCCACUCACACUAUAUGAAGAAUUUGGAAGAUGCUGGGCCUCUGCUAAGGGCUCUGACUCUGUUUUGUCAUCUUACUGCUGACACCAUUAUCAAUGGGAGCUCAACAGCGCACACAGCACCUGUAGAUCUUGGUGAUCGAUUGAUGGAGAACUGCAGAGCUUGUGCCACUCAAAGCUUGAACUUUCUACAGGACCUGAAGUCUAAAGUUUCCAUAAAGGGUGCUGAUCCAGCAUCUGUUCGUGUUGUGAUUCAGAAGGUGUUGCAGAUUGCACAAGACCUAAGGCCUAAAGGAGUAGAUGUUGGAAGGGACGAACUGGGAGACAUGGUAGAUAAAGAAAUGGCUGCCACUUCUGCUGCUAUAGAGGAAGCUGUGAGGAGAAUAGAUGUGAUGAUGAAUCAGGCGAGAAGAGACACUGAAGGAGUCAAGCUGGAAGUGAAUGAGAGAAUACUGAAUAGCUGCACUGACCUCAUGAAGGCUAUCCAUCUACUAGUGCUGGCAUCCACAGACCUACAGAAGGAAAUUGUUGAAAGUGGAAGGGGUGCAGCAACAGUGAAGGAAUUUUAUGCAAGAAAUUCUCGCUGGACUGAGGGUCUAAUAUCUGCUGCCAAGGCAGUAGGCUGGGGGGCAACACAAAUGGUAGAUUCUGCUGAUAAAGUGGUGUUACACAUGGGCAAGUAUGAAGAGCUCAUUGUCUGUUCUCAUGAAAUUGCUGCCAGCACAGCACAACUUGUUGCAGCUUCCAAGGUAAAGGCAGACCGUGGCAGUAAAAAAUUGUUGGGUCUUCAGCAAGCCUCUCGCCAUGUGAAUGAAAUGGCUGCUAAUGUGGUAGCUUCCACCAAGACAGGCCAGGAACAGAUAGAGGAAAAAGAUACUAUGGACUUCUCUGGAAUGUCUCUGAUCAAGUUGAGGAAAGAGGAAAUGGAGUCCCAGGUGAAGGUCCUGGAGUUGGAAAGCAUGCUUGGAAAUGAGCGCCUACGGCUCGGAGAGUUACGUAAAAAGCAUUAUGAGAUAGCAGGGGUUCCACUGCAACAGUUAGGCCAAGAUGACAAUGCCAUGUCUCCAACAUUCCCCUCCUCCCCCAAACCCACAUUAAUGAAGAAACCAGCUCUUGCUCAGAAACCAAACAUUCCUACAAAAAACAUGUUCAGGUAAAUAUCCCAUGGACGAAGUUCAUCAAAACUGGAUUUUAAAUUACUGGACAACCUUUUUUUUUGUUUGUUGAUUUAGUUUUUUUAAUAACUCUCUUCCAUUUUCCUUCUUCUUUCUAGUACGUUUAUGUUACAAAUAAAACAAGCUAAUUUUGAUUAGCUAAUUUUGUCUUCGUUAAGUGCUGAGAAAAUAUAUUUUUUAAAUCUGAGCUACUAGUGAUGCAUAUCUAAUCCUGUCAAUUUUUAGGUAUUAAACACAAUCAAAAACUGUCAUGUCUGAAAUUCUGCUUAUAAAUCGCCUAUGUUAUAGCAAGGCAAAGUAUAAUAAAUAACAGUAACAGGCCUUUUUCAGUUUUACAUUUUUUUUGUUGUAUGGUUUGUUGUAUUAUUAUUAUUUGGGGUUGGUGUGGAUAGACAUAAUUUAUAACUUUUUCUUAUUUAUAAUAAUUGAAUCAAAAUAAUAAUCAUCAUUGUUACAGCUGAUUUAUUUUAUGAAAUUUCUUGAAAUCAUUAUUCAAAGCCCAUGUCAACAAAUGUUUAUAACUACAUUGUACAAGUAAACUUAUCCAUAGCAUCUGUGGUUUCUUAAACAGUGGCUGCAAAAUAAACACCAUUAUUAGUUUUCAUUUACCACAACACCCCACCCCCAAAAUUCCCAAUUCAAGUGGACAGGACUUUUUGAUGCAACAUGUGUCAGUGCUAACAAAGUAUUAAUCAGAUUUGGCCAUCUGCUUCAGAAUCCCCUUUACCCCAACAAAUGUUUACAACAAACAUGAUAUGUACAGAUAAAUGGUAGGCAAGCUGUACAUUUUCUAAUUAAUACAUUUUUAUAAUACUUCUCAUGCACAUGAGUACACCGAAAAUCUUAAAAAAAAAUUACCAUAUUGUUUGUAUAAUAAAAACUCACUAAGCUCUAAACUAAAAGGUUUAGAAUCUAAAAAAUAUGCAUUUUUUUAAAUCCUCAAGAUAUACUAUGUUUGUAUGAUUGGAAAAUAUUUGUUAUAUUUUUUUUAAAUGCAUGACCUUUGUCUGAACUGAGUGAAAUUUUUUUUACUUUAAGUAAUUAGAGAAACACAUUUCAUGGUUUAGCAUUUUCAAUCUUCAGUGAAGUAUUUGAAUAGUUUUUCAUUUGUGGCAUUCGUCAUGAUAUCAGUAAUUCAGAUUUCAAUAUAUUUAUCUUUGCAAUACAUCAGCUGUUAUUCGUUACAUCCCCCAGUAAUAGGAUUUUUAAAAUCUUCAGUUUUAUAAUGCAGUCAUCAAUCUUCUAACUAUUUACUAUGGAAGAUUAAGUAAAAAAAAUCCAUAGUAUAAAACCACAACAAAUUUUAUAAUUAAUGCUCUGCAGUAGUCAAUUAUGGCUAUUUUACACAUUUUACGUAUUUACACUAGGCCUCUAUAUUUGUCUAUAUAUUUUGAGAAUCAACAUCAUCAUCUGUUUGAGGGUGACCUCACCCACUUUUAUCAUGCCACCUGAAUAACGUCAUGUUAUUACAAUCAAUCAGUUACAUUGUGGGGGUUUAGUAACAAGCUUUGACUUUCACUUAUCGGGCCAGAAAAUGAAUGCUGCUAAAUUUAAUUGUCUCGGUUUACUUGAUGUCGCAGUAAAACUUGUACAAAAUACACCUACUCUCUUUGAAGCAUUCAGUAAUUUUAACAUUUGGAAUCAUUUUGACAGGGGCUUUAAAUAAUAUCAAGUAUCACUAUAUGAUGAUGAAAGAAUUGGCUUAUAUAUGUAUCUGUUAUAAAUAUUAUGUCAAUACAGUUACACUAAUAAAAGUUUUCCCUAACACUUUAUUAGAUAUUAGAAUUCUGUAUUUUGUUCUCACAUAAAAAAGAUGUACAUAACACUACUCAGUAUGGGAAUGCAGAUCUGCUGCUGUAAGAACUGCUAUAUAUGCAAAAUACAGCAGGUAAAAUAAUUUUAUUUAAGACCCAUAGAAAACUGACAAAAGUGAAUACAUUGCCGAAAGAUCAGUCAAAUGAAUUAAUUUACAUAUUUUAGAUAAAGCACAAGUAUCUAUCACAGCAUUCACAUGGGGUUUUAAUUUGCUUAACUUUAUUUCUACUAUUUUGUCUUUUUGUCUAAACUGAUGAUUUAUGGCAGGGUUUUUGUUAAAGAGAAUCACAGAUUAGGUCCUUCUGAAUGGUGCUAAUGGCCAUAAGCUUUUUAAAAAUUAUUUUAAAAAGCAUGUUCCGGAAUAUUUUUUGUACAGUUUUUGAAGGUCAAAUUUAGAAUGUUACUUUGGUUGAGGGUGUAGAGAGAUAAUAUGUGUAGAGUAGAUUGUGGAACUCCUGUCUUUUUUGAUUCUAUGACAGGUUCUUCAGGUUCUUUAUUUCUUUCUUCUCUGUUUAUUUAGAAUCGUUGUAAUAUCAUUUCUGUCUGUAUAUUUUAAUUAUUUCCGAUUGACUCCCUGUAAUUAAUAAACGUUGAGUAAAAAUA